GGCAAACCCUCAACAGUAACAUCGGGUGGACGCCAGAACAACGCGCAACAUUUAGCCACGAGGAGAUAGGUCAGAUGCAAAUUACAGCCAAACUGGUUAUUGCUGGCUGGUUUGCCUACGCCGGAGCUCUGUGGUCACUGAAAGGGGCUGUCUUAAUCUACUACAACCGCAUCAUGUGCGGUGUCGCGCAGCAAACGAUCAUUCGAGUCACGGGGGUCUAUUGUGGUCUAAGCUUUAUUGCAGUUGUCCUGGCAAUCUUUCUUCGCUGUCGACCCUUUGAGAAAUUGUGGCAGAUUUACCGCGAUCCAGGCCUUGAAUGUUCGUCUUAUUACACACUCUACAUUAUUGUGGCAGUGUUAAACGUCACCACCGAUAUGCUUCUCGUCUACAUUCCGAUUCCGGUUCUCAUUCAUCUGCGGAUCAAGUUCUAUCAGAAAAUCAUCGUAGGAAUUCUACUGUGCUCCGGCGUAUUCAUCAUUGUCGCCGCGUUGCUGAGAUGCGUCAUGUCUCUCCUUGAGAUCUCACAAAUCAACUUAACCGCGGUCUGGACUGUGAGGGAAAUAUUCGUGGCCUUUGUUGCAGUCAAUUCUCCAGCGAUCAAACCGCUGUUUAAUCCCUCGUCAUGGAAGCGCCUUCCAAAGGUUGUGGAUGCUUCGGUAAAACACCAGAGUCACUCCGAAGCUCGCAUUGUCCUUCCUCAGAACAAUGGUAGCUUCGACGCCUAUCAGCCCACUUUGCAGCCGCCAGCGCCAUCAGUCCAUAUUUUGUCCGGAAUAAGCCACCCUGACCGGUCCACGGACUGGGAUAUAUUCCCACAGGCGCCUAACAUUACAUUUCCCGAACAAGCUUUGUACGAUUAUGUUUGA